CUGCUCGCAAGGAGGAUGGACAGGAGCUCGUUAUCGGAGACCACAGCUGCGAGUUCUUCGAGCUCCACGACGUUGUAUAUUCUUUCGUCGGAGAUCGAGAUCCAGGAAGAGGCUAAAACUGAAGGAAAGGAGGCAGUGUGCAGAGUAUGGGCGCACUACGGCGGUGCUGGGGACCACGCGGCCCCAACGUGGACUCAAAAAGACCUCUAUCUCGGACCUUCUUAUGAUGAAUUAUCUAGUGGCAAGUACGCUCCAGUUCCUGUAAGAUUCGCUGGCGCCAGCUUGAAGGAUGUAAAGAGCGCCCUAAAAGACCUCUCCUCCUGUAGAGUCGAGAAAGCUAGUCGCAGCUGGCCAACCUGCUACUGUUUAGAUCAGAAUAUUCAAAACGGUGGCCUGUGCGAUGUCUUAUUUAUCAGAGACCACAAUCGUAAAUACUAUAACACGAGCAAGUUCUUCACGACCCGCCAGAGUUGUCCCUGCGGUCGUUUGCAAGACAAAAUCAUCAACGACCACAAAGUUAGCGAGAAACGCAACGUGUGGUACAAAGACGAGGCCCUGGAAGAGACCUCAAGGAAGAAGGACAGUGACGAUCGUCGCGUAGAUUCGAAAAAUCCGAAGAAACAGUUGACGGGAAGGAUUUCGCGUUUCGGAUUCGGAGUACCAGAAAAAUGUCAUUCGGGGCUGGUGCUCAGGGAUUCCAAACGUGCGAGAUCGGAAGCAAAGCGCGUGCAGAACUUUUACGCUCUCGUGGAGGACGGUGUGAAGGUCUGGGAAGGCGAUGAGAAAGGUCGUUGCAGGUCCUCGAAGCGUCUCAGACAUUUCAGAAGAUAUGGCCUUUGCACAGCAGCGCAUUUUCUUCGUGGAUUGGGACCCUGGAGUGUUCAACCUGGCGAACGAAGCUCGCUACAAGGACGCAGAUCGUUCAGCCUGGUCGCUAUUCGUCGUCAGCCAAUUGACAACGAGCUGAGACUCCCUGUAUCGCGGCGUCAGCUAGCAGCUAGUAUUUCCUUCACGGCUCUGCAAUCGGGGAGGUUUGGGUCCGUUGGAACCACUGCUAGAGGACGCGUGAUAUUAUUCUGGACCCCUGAAUACUGGUACAGGCCCAGACCUGCCUCUGCUGCCUACAGGGAGCUGAGACAGCACUUGAGCCACCUACAAACUUAUCGUCAGGAGAAGGAACGUCCAACGAAACGAAAAUUGUUCUCAAGGAGAAGAAAAUGCCAGUGCGAGGAGGACUCCAUCAUCGCCGCCGAGGAGAAGCCUAGCUUCUUCGAACGAAUCUUCUCAGGGAAUGGGUCUGGCAAGAGGAAGAGGAAAUGCGAGGAUCAGGAGAAUAAUAGCACGGUUCAGCUGAGGAGAUUGCUGAGAAUGGAUUUCAGGAUCACCAUCUGGGACAUAGACAGCACCACUCUGGCCACGCAGUUGACCAUGAUCGAUCGCGAUCUCUUCGUCAGGAUCCCCGCUGAAGAGAUCGAGAUUUUGGUUUUCCAAAGGAGCUCCAGAAAUACUCCUAAUUUGGCAGCGUGGAUAGCGUUCAGCCACAGGAUUUCUUGUCUCGUUGUCAGCGAGAUUCUCACGAUCAAAAGGUUACGCGUCAGAGCUAGAAUCAUCGCGAGACUCGUGAACGCGGCUGGCAAGUGUUUCGCUAUGGGAAACUUUCAUUCGUGUAGGUCCAUUUUGGCAGGGCUGCAAGCGCCUCCGAUUUACAGGUUGCGAAGCAGCUGGUCUUAUUUACGUGUCCACCAUGCCACCAGGUACGACACCAUGGAGAGGCUCUGCAAGAUUUACAAAAGUCCAUGGAAUUUGGCGUAUCGACGAGCCUGGUCUAAGGCGGAAAGGGAACCACCUUGUAUGCCGUACGUUGGUAGUCUUUUAGAUAGAAUUCUCGGCAUGAGUAGCAUGGAAAGACGUCGAGAGUGCAAUAACUUCUGCGUCGUACAAGAAAAAACGGUUCAAUGCUCGAAGGACACAGGGUCUGCUAACGUAAAUAAGGAUGCUUCGAAUCUGAAACGUAACCAGGAUUUAGAACAGAGACAUGGUUUAAGUAAACGUAUCCUCGUGUCGGUUUUCACCAAAAUGAAGUAUAAAAAAAGUCGGAAAACCAUCUACGAGGAGGGAGAGGAUUUGUUGUGGACGUCGAGAGAUCAGGACUUAGCGUGGAAAUUUUUUUACCGGUGGUAUAACGUUGUCCUGAAACGUAGAGCCCUCGCUAAAGAAGAGGAGAGAUUGAGGGACAUGGAGCCAAGGAUGAGACGGGUCCUCGACGUCGUGUCCUGGCUGACGGAUUGUCAGAGAUGUUCUCGUGGUUACGAUUUCCCAGGACACUCGUUCACGCAUGAAUUUCUGUUGAAAACUCGAUACAGAGAGGAUCGAGAGAACUUUUUCAUUAGCCUCAAACUGGAACCAUCGAAGAUAACUUGAAC